AUACAAAAACACUAAAAUUAUUUUAAGUGGUGUUUUUUAUGGCAAAACAUCACUAAAACAGCUUUUCUCUGAAUAACUGUCAUUGCUGCUGUAUAACCCAUCAGUCUGCCUGGGGAACUGACUCCGACCUCUGCCAACUGAAUGAAUUCAGAAAUGAUGAGAAUAAAACGCAUCCAAAUCAGUAUUCUCUUUUCUUUCUGUCAUUUUCCCCUCCACGUUUCUUGGAGGUGGUAUGGGUGCUGACGCACGCGGCCCGGCCCAGCCCCCAUGCUUUAAAGCAGAGGGGAAAGUCCAGACAAGGAGCAGGCGGGCGCACGGAACGAGCGCGCACACGCAUCUGGUGCGCAACAGGAGAAAGACGCUCCAGGAUGCAGGCAGCGGAAACAGAUGAGUAGAAAGCUGCAAAACUUUGGGACAUUUCUCUGCUUAUGUGAGACUUCACAGUGAUGCUUGAAGUAAAGCAGGAAGGUUUUAUGUGAGUGAAAUUAAAUCAGAGAGGAGAGGAAGCCCGGGUUUAUCUAACUGAUACAACACGAGCUCUCCUGGAGACGCGCCGGUCCGACAGACGCACCAUGAGGCAGCAACGGAGCUUCUGGAGCUGAAGCCCCGACAUCAGAAGUGAUUUAAAGAGAAAAGGGAGAGAUAAUCAUGAACUCGUCAGAGUCCGUGAUGCCCGACAGAGAGCUCCGGAACCUUAGCGCGGCAGAAGAAGAGGAGCAGAAACUUUUGUUCGGGAUCGGCACGGAUAAUUUCAUCACGCUCCUGGUGUUCGGGCUCAUCUUCACCCUGGGCGUGCUGGGUAACUCCAUGGUGAUCACCGUGCUGGCCCGGAGCAAACCGGGCAAACCGAGGAGCACCACCAACAUCUUCAUCCUCAACCUGAGCAUCGCGGAUCUGUCCUACCUGCUCUUCUGCAUCCCCUUCCAGUCCACCAUCUACAUGAUGCCCACCUGGGUGCUCGGCGCCUUCAUCUGCAAGUUCAUCCACUACUUCUUCACCGUCUCCAUGCUGGUGAGCAUCUUCACCCUGUCCGCCAUGUCGGUGGACCGCUACAUCGCCAUCGUGCACUCCAGAAAGUCCUCCUCCAUCCGCGUGGCGAGGCACGCGCUGAUCGGCGUGGUGGUGAUCUGGAUCCUGUCUCUGGCCAUGGCGGCGCCCAUCAUGCAACACCAGAACCUGUUCCAGCGCGGGGAGAACAGCACGUACUGUUGGGAACUGUGGCCGGACCACAACCACAAGAAAGUCUACGUGGUGUGCACGUUUGUGUUCGGCUACGUGCUGCCGCUGCUGCUCAUCUCCUUCUGCUACGCCAAGGUGAUAAAUCACUUGCACAAAAAACUAAGAAAUAUGUCCAAAAAGUCAGAGGCAUCAAAGAAGAAGACAGCUCAAACAGUGCUGGUAGUGGUGGUGGUUUUUUGCCUGUCCUGGCUCCCUCACCACAUUGUUCAUCUUUGGGUGGAGUUUGGGACCUUUCCACUGAACCAGGCCUCCUUCGUGUUUCGGGUGGUCGCACACUGCCUGGCGUACAGCAACUCAUCUGUCAACCCGGUCAUCUAUGCCUUCCUUUCUGAGAACUUCAGGAAGGCUUACAAGCAAGUCUUCAAGUGCCAGAUUGGCAGUGGAGACUGCCCGCUUAACGACAUCAAGGAGAUUCGCAGUAAAGCGGAAACACCACCCUCGACUAAUUGCACUAAUGUUUAACUGAGGUCAAGUGACAUGAAAAUGAUCUCUGUCAGCUGUGAGACUGCAACUCACUGUGAGUCAAGGCAACCAAUUCAUCAGACAUGAGUGGGUUUGUUUGGGUAAGUAUGACUGAUUGUACUACUCCACGUAUUGUAAGAGCAGGUCAUAGUACCUGGACUGGAGUGGAUCUACAGAGGCUAAGGUCCUCUCAAAAACCGAUGGUGUCUAAAACUCAGGAACAGAAUCAGACCUCUACAGACAAGAUAUUUUGAUGGCAAACAUUUAAAUAUCAACAUUACGGUGUAUUUAUAUAAUACUACAUUCAAAUAUGAAGAAAUGUGUGCUUUCACUUACAAUAUAUAUUCUUCUAAUAAUAGAAUUUUGCCUUGUACCAAAACAAAACAUAAUUACUUACAGCUGUAAAACUAUUAGUGUUUAUGUGUCUGAAGAGAAACUGUUGUAACAAUUUGUGGCAUUGUAGUGCUUUUUUUCAGGAUUUAUUAAGGACGGCUAUCUUAGAUUGAUACAAGUUUUGAUACUUGCAUUGUCUAACGGCUGACUUGUUGCCCUGUGAAAUGAUAUUUGCUGAUGCUUUAUGUUGCUUCUGACGACACAUUAACCUAACUAGCUUGUUUCCGAAACCAUUCAUCUUGCUACUUUGAAAUAGACAAAUGCACUAUCAAGUAACUCAAAAUUGUUACCUGUUUAUCCAUUGCAAAAUAGUCACUGGUUUGCUUAAUGUAGCUUUCUUGCUGUAGAUUAAAGCUUGCUUACUAAUGUCAUUAGAACUGUAUAACUGCAAAACCAGUUUUGACUUCUG